GAGUAAAAGAGAGAAUGAUGGUGAAAUGGAUCGGAAAGUGGAUGUUUUCGGGAUGAUGGUUACAGAUCUCAUGAAUAAAACUCACGAAUUCCUGCAACCUAAUCCUGCUUCAAGAGCAAAACUGAUGGCUUUUAACUCCUUUUCGAAAAUUCGGGGCCAAGCAAAGAGUUCAGUUUAUCCUCAACCAGAAGGAACAUUAGGAGAAACCAUGAUUAAAUAUGGAAAAGAUUUAGGAGAAGAUAGAUUUGGAGCCUGCUUAGGUGAAGCUGGGGAAGCCUUCAAAGAUCUUGCAGACAUCAAAUAUGCCCUCGAGGACAAUGUUAAACAGAAUUUCUUGGAUCCCUUGAAUCAGCUUGCCAAUAAAGAUUUGAAAGAAGUCAAU